AUGGAUGUUGAGAAAGAGCCACCGCUCGGCAAAGUCUCGACGAACUUGAAUACCCCUCUGACACCCGCUGCUCAGUCAGACCAAGUCAUUCCUGACGGUGGACUGUGGGCAUGGCUCGCUGUCAUCGGAGGGGCUCUGGUGCAGUUCUGCACGUUCGGGUAUUCUAGCUCGUUCGGGGUAUAUCAAGCAUACUACGUCCUAGAAGGUGGCUUCUCAUCGUCAGACGCAAGCUGGGUGGGAUCUCUGCAAUUUUUCCUGCUGUUCUUUAUGGGAUUACCUGCCGGAAAGCUCUUCGAUGCCGGCUACUUUCGGCAUAUGCAAGUGGCAGGCACCCUGUUGUAUGUCUUCUCUCUCUUCAUGUUGUCUCUCGCCAAUCCCCGCGACUACUACCAGAUUAUUUUGUCACAGGGAAUCGGCAUGGGGAUUGGCAGCGGAUUCUUGCUUGUUCCAGCAAUAUCGCUGCAGGCACAGCACUGGAAAAAGCAUCGGUCUCUUGCAAUGGGCAUCGUGCUUGCUGGAUCGUCAUGUGGAGGGAUCGUCUACCCCAUUGUGCUUAAUCGACUCAUAUAUCACUCGAGCGCUGGCUUCCCUUGGGCCGUCAGAGCGACAGGGUUUCUCACCUUGGGAUUGUUGAUCAUUGCAGGGUCUAUCAUGACGACGCGUAUGCCUCCCAAACCUUCCGCGUCGGACUCGAGCGAAUGGCAGAAGUUCAGAGCAGUUCUUUCUGACUGGGCGUACAUCACAACAUUGACUGGUGCAUUCUUAGUCCUAUGGGGGCUCUUUUUCCCAUAUUUCUACCUCCAACUGUGGUCGAACCUGCAUGGCCUCUCGUCCACGAUCUCAUUCUAUACGAUCGCUAUUCUGAAUGCUGGCUCCAUUGCCGGUCGACUCAUCCCGAACGGAUUAGCAGACGUCGCUGGUCGUUUCAACGUGAUGUGUCCAAUCGCAUUCAUUUCAACCAUACUACUUUUCUCGUUGUUCGGUGUCAAAAGCGUCGCAGCUGUAGUAAUCUUUGCUAUCCUCUACGGGUUCUUCUCGGGGGCAAGCUUUGGUUACUUCCUUGUAUCCUUUGCGAUACUUACAGGGAGCCCGAUCGACGGCGCGCUUUUGGGGUCGCAAAGAAAUUGGACGAAAUCGAUAGUAUUCAGUGGUGUCGUUAUGCUGGCGGGCUCGAUCAUCCUACUCAUUGCCAGAUACUUGUUCGUGAAGUCACGCGGUCUGCGAGUGUGGGAUAAGAUCUAG